UUCUCUUUUCUCUUUUCGAAAUGAGUUGGCAGGACAUUCAAGUGCGCGUCUUCACCGCGUGGGUGAACGAGCAGCUCAAGGAGCGCGGCAUGCGUGUCGGUGACAAGGAGCCUCUGCACAAGGAGAUGAUUGACGGCAUUGCGCUGAUCAACCUGCUCGAAAUCAUCAGUGCAAAGAAGCUUCCCAGGUACAACAAGCACCCGCGCUCGCCCUACCAAAAGCUCGAAAACCAAAAGAUCGCGCUGGACUUUAUUGCGAGCGAAGGCCUCAAGCUCGUCAACAUUGGCGCAGAGGACUUGGCGGACGGCUCGCUCAAGCUCACGCUCGGCCUGAUCUGGACGCUCAUUCUGCGAUACCAAGUCCAGCGCGGCUCUGGCGACGACAGUCUCUCUGCCAAGUCUGAGCUGCUCAAGUGGGUCCAGUCCAAGAUCCCCGAGUACAACAUUACUGGCUUUACCAAGGACUGGAACAACGGCAAGGCGCUCUGUGCACUGACCAACGCCGUCGCCGAGGGCUCGUUCCCCAACCAUGCCUCGCUCGACCCGACCAAGGGCGCCGACAACAACCGCGACGGCAUGAACAAGGCCAACGAAGUGCUCCACAUCCCGCUCAUCAUGAACCCCGAGGAUCUUGCGCACCCCAAGGUCGAUGAGCAGUCUGUCAUGACCUACAUUUCCUACUUCUGGAGGGCCACUCCGAUCGCCAAGCCCAACCAAGCCAACCAGUGCUCGGCUUACGGCCGUGGUCUUGUCGAAGGCAUUGUCAGCGAGCCCGCAGAGUUCACUGUCGAGACGCCCUCCAAGGACUGUGGCAAGCUCGAGGUCAAGGUCUUUGGGCCCGCCAACGCGCCCCAGAACGUCCAAGUCACGCCCGUGCCAAACGACCCCUCGCGUUACAAUGUCGUCUACAACCCCACCGAACCCGGUGACUAUGAGGUGCAUGUCACCCUCGACGGCGUGCACAUUCCUGGCAGCAUUUUCCAUGUCACUGUCUUGGAGCAAGUCAGUCUCGGUGGCGAAGGCAAGAUUCGCGUGUACUUUUCCACCACGUCCUCGACGGACAAGGGCCGCAAGGACGUCAUUGAGCUUCAAAAGCUUCUCGAGACCAAGAAGAUCCACGAGAGGCCAGAUUUCGAGCCGUGGUACCCGAUUGACAUCUGGACCCAGGCCGACCGCAACGCCGUGUUCAAGCGUGCUGGCACCCGCAACCUGCCAAUCGUGUUUAUCGAUGAUGAGUAUGCUGGCGAUGCCGACCGCAUGUACGAGCUUGAAGCCAGUGGCAAGCUCAACCAGCUUCUGAAGUACAACGAGAACAAGAACAAGAAGUAAAGUAGCAAUGCUUCUUUUUUUUGUCUUGUCCCACCAUUGUCGCAACCUCGCACUGUAUUGUUCAUGUUGAUGUACAUGCCAAGUUGUGACCCCAAUACAUUCGUUUCGAGAAGAAGA